GUGCGGCGUGCGGUGACCACAACAACAACACAGCCUUGCGAGAGCGGCGGCAGCAUGGGCAGGAAGAGGAAACGUGCGGCGACCCUGCAGGAGGAGGAGGAGCCCGUGCCCCUGCCCUCCCUGGCGCCCCCGCUGGUCAGGGACUCCGACGAGCCCGUCAAGAAGAAGAAAAAAUGGAUCAACAAGCAGCGAGUGUUGGUCUUCGCCUCUCGUGGCAUGAGUUUCCGCAACCGCCACCUGAUGGAGGACAUGAGGACCCUGAUGCCCCACAGCAAGCCCGAGUCCAAGAAGGAGAACAAGGACAAUCUGCGAGUCAUCAAUGAGAUUGCCGAGAUGAAGAACUGUAACAAGUGCGUCUACUUUGAGAAUAGGAAAAAGAAGGACUUGUACAUGUGGGUCGCUAAUGUGCCCAAAGGACCCUCGGUUAAAUUCCUUGUCCUGAAUGCACACACGAUGAAGGAGCUCAAGAUGAUGGGGAACUGCCUAAAGGGGUCGCGGCCUUUACUCAGCUUCGACCCAGCCUUUGAUCAGCCACACUUUGCGGUGAUCAGAGAGCUGUUGGUGCAGACAUUCGGGACCCCCAACCAGCUUCCCAAGAGCCAGCCCUUUCACGACCACGUCUUCUGCUUCUCCAUCCUCGACAACAAGAUCUGGUUCAGGAAUUACGAGGUUUUGGAUGUGGACGGCAAGCUUUCGGAGAUCGGCCCUCGCUUUGUGCUGGAUCCCAUCAAGGUGUUUGACGGCAGCUUCGGGGGACAGACUCUCUGGGACAACCCUCAUUUCGUCACCCCCAACACGAUUCGCAGUGUCAAGAAAAAGGCUCAGUCCUUCAAGUACACGAACAAGGUGCAGCAGAAGGAGGGCUACAAGAAGAGGACCCCCAAGGAUCCCUUCCUGGGCGACCCCACCAACGACAUCUUCCAGACCAAGCCGCCUGAAGAGGCAGUCAGUGAGGAGAAGCAGAUAUUUAUCCGUAAGAAGAUAUAAGCUUAGGGACGUGUAUCUUAGGAAAUAAAGUUUAUACAUAAUUACAUUUUUUUUCUUAAUAUGUCAUACUAGUUAGUUUAGUGACAGCAGUGAUCAAACAUUUAAGGGGAAGGAGCUUAGAAUGACUAUCAGUUUUGUUAAUAGUAAAAAUCAUCUACAAGGCAUGAAAAAUUUAACCCAAGCAAAUUAAAGAGGAAUUCAGAGACGGGUGUAGUCUCCAUCACCACUGGUAACAACUACGCAGUGCAGCCUAUCACGUAUCCUAAACAUUUGCUUGACAAUUCUAACAAGGCCAAGUAUCCUCCAGCUGCCAAUAUACAAUGUGCCAGACUGUGCUCAUAUACUUUAUACAUACUAUUUUGAAGUCUGCAGUUUUCUGGAAGCUGUUAGUUACUGCACUGCAUUCAGAUAAAUAAAAUACAACAAAAAGUCAGUGUUAACUUAAUGAGA